GGGCUGGUCAGUGACUUCGGCGUGAAGAUCUUCCAGCAGGUGGCGCUGGCGGCCGAGGAUCUAAACGUGGCCUUGUCCCCUUAUGGGGUGAGCUCCGUGAUGGCCAUGCUCCAGGCAACCACGGCAGGAGACAGCAGGAAGCAGAUCGAAAGAGCCAUGGGCUUCCAGAUAGAUGAGGAGGGGCUGGCACUCUCCCUGCAGCAGCUCCAGCAAGAGCUCCUGAGCCCCACGAACAAGGACGAGAUAAGCAUGGCCAGUGGCAUCUUUGUGCAGCGGGAUCUGACCCUGACCCAAGACUUCAUGCCCUACUUCUUCGAGCUAUUCCAGACCUUGGUCAAUCAGGUGGACUUCAAAAGGUUGGCGGAAGCCAGGUUCAUCAUCAAUGACUGGGUGGAGAAACGCACCAAAGGCAUGAUAACCAACCUUCUGGACGGGAGCAGCUUGGACCCGUUGACACGCCUGGUGAUGGUGAAUGCGCUCUACUUCAGCGGCCAGUGGAAGAUGCCCUUCUCUGCCUCCAUGACCCAUCCCCGCCUCUUUCACAAGGAGGAUGGCCAACUUAAGACUGUGCCUAUGAUGUCCCAGUGCAAUAGGUUCAACUACACCGAGUUCUUCAGCCCCGAGGGCCACAGCUAUGAUGUCGUGGAGCUGCCAUACCAUGGUGACACCAUCAGCAUGUUUCUCGCUGCCCCCUACGAAAAGGAUGUGCCUCUCUCUACCCUCGUUCGCAUCCUGAACUCAGAGCUCGUGAGCCAGUGGAAAGGAAACAUGACCCGGGCUUCGCGUUUGCUGGUGGUGCCCAGGUUCUCCAUGGAGAGUGAGGUCGACCUUCGGGAACCGCUGCGUCACCUGGGUAUCAGCAACGUAUUCAGCCUCGGCCAGGCCGACUUCACCAGCUUCUCAAACCAAGAACAACUCUUCAUGUCACGAGCGCUGCAGAAAGUGAAGAUUCAGGUGAAUGAGACGGGAACUGAGGCAUCCUCUGCUACUGACUCUGGCCCUUCCCUUCCAGCUCUAAUCAUGACUGGCCGCAUGGCGCCCCUGGAGAUUAUCAUGAACAGAUCCUUCCUCUUCGUGGUGCGCCACAAUCCCACAGGAACUAUCCUUUUCUUGGGCCAAGUGACGGAACCCUAAGCCCAGGCGGGCAGGCCUCCAUGGGUACCAGAACUGGACAAUGAUCCAUGCGGAGCCA